GAAAUCAUCAGCAGCUCUGACCAGGUAGCCAUCCUAAGAAGAUGCAGCUGCUCCUGCUCCUGUUGGCCUUCCUUCUGUGCCCCAGGGCUGAAGCAGGGAAAAUCAUUGGAGGCCAGGAAGCGAGGCGUCAUUCUCAUCCCUACAUGGCAUUUCUUCGGAUCCGGACUCCAGAUGAUGUGAAAAGAUGUGGGGGUUUCCUUGUGCGUGAGGACUUUGUGCUAACAGCAGCUCACUGCGGGGGAGGCUCAAUAAAUGUCACCUUGGGGGCCCACAACAUCGCGGAGCAGGAGAAGACGCAGCAGGUCAUUCCUGUAGCAAGAGCUAUUCCCCACCCGAGCUAUAUUUCUAAAAGACCCUUCAAUGACAUCAUGUUACUGCAGCUGAAUAGGAAGGCCAGAUUGACUCCUGCGGUUCGCCUUCUCGCGCUACCCAGUGGAUCGCAGGUGACACCAGGGAUGGUAUGCAGUGUGGCAGGCUGGGGACGUAUUGGAUUAUUUGAAACAACACAGAAACUCCACGAGGUAGACCUGGAAGUUCAAAAGGAUGAGCUGUGUGUUUCUCGCUACAAAGACUGUUAUAAUAAAACCACCCAAAUAUGUGUGGGGGACCCAAAGAAGUGGAAGACUUCUUUUAAGGGGGAUUCUGGAGGCCCUCUCGUGUGUAACAAUGUAGCCCACGGCAUUGUCUCCUUUGGAACAAAAGAUGCAAAACCUCCACGUGUCUACACCAGGAUCUCCAGCUUUCUGUCCUGGAUAAGAAGUACAAUGAAGCAGUUCAAACUGCAGGGUGCAGACUGAGGUGCUUCCAGGAUUGGUCUGUCUAUCUUCUCCAGGCAGAGGCCAAAAGCACAUCAGGUGGUGAGGGUCAUGUGCAGGUUCCCAGAAUUAAUAAACUUCAU